GCUGCGGAGCCAUGGACGGCAGCGGGCCUUUCAGCUGCCCCAUCUGCCUGGAACCACUCCGGGAGCCGGUGACACUGCCUUGCGGCCACAACUUCUGCCUCGCCUGCCUGGUUGCGCUCUGGCCGCACCGGAGUGCGGGCAGCACUGGUGGUUCCGGAGGUCCGGCCCGCUGCCCUCUGUGCCAGGAGCCUUUCCCCGACGGCCUGCAGCUCCGCAAGAACCACACGUUGUCUGAGCUGCUGCAGCUCCGCCAGGGCUCGGGCCCAGGACCCAUGUCCACCCCAGCUUCAGGCCCCGCCCGGGGCGCGACGCCCGAGCCCUCCGCGCCCAGCGCACCCCCUACGGCUCCGGAGCCCUCGGCUCCCUGUGCGCCCGAGCCCUGGUCGGCCGAAGAGCCGGUGCGCUGCGACGCGUGCCCCGAGGGCGCUGCCCUGCCCGCCGAGUUCUCCUGCCUAUCCUGCCUCGCCUCCUUUUGCUCUGCGCAUCUGGCCCCGCACCAACGCAGCCCCGCGCUGCGCGGUCACCGCCUGGUGCCGCCGCUGCGCCGGCUGGAGGAGAGCCUGUGCCCUCGCCACCUGCGCCCGCUGGAGCACUACUGCCGCGUGGAGAGAGUGUGCCUGUGCGAGGCCUGUGCCGCUCAGGAGCACCGCGGCCACGAGCUGGUGCCGCUGGAGCAGGAGCGCGCUCUUCAGGAGGCUGAGCAGUCCAAAGUCCUGAGUGCUGUGGACGACCGCAUGGAUGAACUGGGCGCCAGCAUUGCUCAGACCCGCCGAACCGUGGCCCUCAUCAAGAGUGCUGCCUUGGCAGAACGGGAGAGGGUGAGCCAGAUGUUUGCAGAGGCCACAGCCACCCUACAGAGUUUCCAGACCGAGGUGCUGGGGUUCAUCGAGGAGGGAGAGGCGACGAUGUUGGGCCGCUCCCAGGGUGACCUGCGGAGACAGGAGGAACAGCGCAGCCGCCUGAGCCGGGCGCGUCACAACCUCAGUCAGGUUCCAGAAGCUGACUCAGUCAGCUUUCUUCAGGAACUCCUGGCGCUGCGGCUGGCCCUGGAGGAGGGGUGCGGCCCUGGCCCUGGGCCCCCCAGGGAACUCAACUUCACCAAGUCCUCCCAAGUGGUCAGAACAUUGAGAGACAUCCUGGUCUCAGCCUGUGCCAGCCAGUGGGAACAGCUGCGGGGGCUGGGCAGCGAUGAGGACGAGCUGCAGAAACAUGGCUCAGAAGAUGUGGAAUCCCAGGACCCUGACAGCACCAGCCUGGCGGAGAGUGAGGCUCCCAGGGACUAUUUCCUCAAGUUCGCCUACAUCGUGGACCUGGACAGCGACACGGCAGACAAGUUCCUGCAGCUGUUCGGAACCAAAGGUGUCAAGAGGGUAUUAUGUCCCAUCAACUACCCGGAGUCGCCCACCCGCUUCACACAUUGUGAGCAGGUGCUAGGAGAGGGGGCCCUGGACCGGGGCACCUACUACUGGGAGGUAGAGAUCAUCGAAGGAUGGGUCAGUGUGGGCGUCAUGGCUGAGGGCUUCUCUCCGCAAGAGCCCUAUGACCGGGGCCGCCUGGGCCGAAACGCACUCUCCUGCUGUCUGCAGUGGAAUGGGCGUGGCUUCUCGGUCUGGUUCUGCGGGCUGGAGGCCCCACUACCUCACGCUUUUUCACCUACGGUUGGGGUCUGCCUGGAGUACGCGGACCACGCCCUGGCCUUCUAUGCCGUUCGGGACGGAAAACUGAGCCUUCUUCGGAGGCUUAAAGCCUCUAGGCCACGCCGCAGUGGUGCCCUGGCCUCCCCCACUGACCCUUUCCAGAGUCGCCUGGACAGCCACUUUUCAGGGCUCUUCAACCACAGGCUCAAGCCCGCCUUCUUCCUGGAGAGUGUGGACGCCCACCUGCAGAUUGGGCCCCUCAAGAAAUCAUGCAUAUCCGUAUUGAAGAGGAGGUGAGGUGGGCCUGUCUCAUCCUGCAGUGAAGAAGAAGGCGCCAGCCUCAGAGACCCCCCACUUCCAGAGGUCUCUGCCUUGUAGAACUAGACCUUCCACUUUUCAAGGCAGGGGUCCCCGGCCCCUUGCAGGACUUGUUUGGGGAGGAGAACUUCAGCUGGGACAACUCCAGACUGCCCCAGCCCUUCUUUUCCAGGUCUCAAGAACUACCUGGCACACAGUAGGUGCUCAAUAAAUGUUUGUGGCAU